UAUAAAAUAAUCUAAUUUAAUCAAAUGUUUAGUUUUACAUAAUUAGGCGCAUCAUUUAUAUAUGGUUUUAGAAUAUGAAGUAGAAAACUAAUUAAAGUGUUUGAUUAUUUUUACAAUUUGAUAUAAUUCACUUGAUUAAUAUCCUAUUUGACGGACCAUAGUAAAAAUUCGUAUGUAUAUAUAUAUGGCACUGCAUCAUCCCUCUGUCCAUACCCACAUAGAAACCUCCAUCACCGGGAAUUUCCAAAAAUAAAAUCUUGGAAGAAAUGAGCCGCCGUCGCGUAGUGUUGGCAACAUUUCCGGCACAAGGCCACAUCAAUCCGGCCCUCCAAUUCGCCAAGAGACUCCUAAAAGCCGGCACCGAUGUCACGUUCUUCACGAGCGUUUAUGCAUGGCGGCGCAUGGCCAAGACCACCUCCUCCCCGCCGGGCCUCCACUUCGUGGCCUUCUCCGACGGCUACGACGACGGGCUCAAGCCCGGCGGCGACGGCGGCCGCUACAUGUCCGAGAUGAAAGCCCGCGGCCGCGAGGCUCUGAGGGCUCUCCUUCUCAGCACCGACGCCGCGUUCCUCGUCUACUCCCACCUCUUCGCCUGGGCCGCCGAGGUGGCGCGUGACGCCCACGUCCCGAGCGCGCUCCUCUGGGUCGAGCCUGCCACCGUGCUCUGCAUAUACCACUUCUACUUCAACGGCCACGCCGCCGCGAUCGACGCCGGUUCCGAUGAAAUCCAACUCCCGGGGCUCCCGCCGCUGGAGCAGCGCGAUCUCCCGACGUUCCUGCUACCGGAGACGCCGGAGAGAUUCAAGUCGAUGAUGAGAGAGAAGCUGGAAACCCUAGACGGCGAAGAAGGGAAGGCGAAAGUGCUUGUGAACACGUUCGACGCGCUUGAGCCCGACGCGCUCGCAGCCAUUGACAGGUACGAGCUGAUCGGGAUAGGGCCGUUGAUCCCCUCCGCCUACCUGGGCGGCGGAGAUCCCUCCGACAAAUCAUACGGCGGCGAUCUCUUCAAAAAAUCGGACGACGAAGGCUGCGCCGCCUGGCUGGACGCGCAGCCGCCGUCGUCGGUGGUGUACGUGUCGUUCGGGAGCGUGCUGAAGCUCCCGAAGGCGCAAAUGGAGGAGAUCGCGAAGGCGCUAUUAGCCUCGGCGAGGCCGUUUCUGUGGGUUAUCCGACAACAACAACAUAACGAGGAAGACGAAGCAGAAGAAGAGCUGAGCUCCAUCACGGAAUUGAGAAAAUUGGGGAAAAUGGUGUCGUGGUGCUCGCAAUUGGAGAUUCUAGGGCACGCCUCGGUGGGGUGCUUCGUGACGCACUGCGGGUGGAACUCGGCCGUGGAGAGCCUGGGGUUGGGAGUUCCGGUGGUGGCGGUGCCGCAGUGGUUCGAUCAGGCGACGAACGCAAAGCUGAUGGAGGAUGUGUGGGGGAGUGGUGUGAGGGUGAGAGUGAAUGAAGGGGGUGGGGUUGAUGGCUGUGAGUUGCAGAGGUGUAUAGAGAUGGUGAUUGAUGGGGGUGAGAAGAGCAGAGCAGUCAGAGAAAAUGCAAGCAAAUGGAAGGCUUUGGCGAGGGAAGCCAUGGCGGAGAAUGGAUCUUCGAUUAAGAAUCUCGAUACCUUUCUGCAACAAGUUAUAGGUAAUCUCGUGUGAUCAUCAAGUGUGCUUGUUUGGUGUGUAAGAUACCAAUAAAACAUUACUCUAUUAAAAGCGUCUCCAACGCAUUGGCGCUAUAAGUGGGGUAAUGAUCUUUAUCUUUAGUUAAUUUAAUUUUUACACUCUUAUUUUAAA